AUGCGAGAUGUGGAGUGCGUAUCAUGUGCCAUUUGGGCUCGGAGAAAUGGUUGGGAUAGGGUUGUGUUAGGUAAUGAAUCUGGCCGCCUUCAUAUUCUACUACUUGUGCUGCAGAACAUAUCUGCUCAGCUUCAGUUUCCAAGCCCAAUGACAAUGAGCUUCAGUAGCUUUCUUGCUGCGCUUUUUUCUUUCAAAUGA